AUGGGUCAAAAUAGUGAGGAAUAUGUAUUAGGAAUACCACAAUUACCAAAUACCAUUAACAAGUCAUUAAUUGAUGAGUAUCCAUCUAUUAUUGUCAGAGGUGGAAUAAUUGUUACAGGUCUAGUUAGUCUUGGUAUCUAUCUUAAAACAUCUCCAUCUUUCCGUCGUUUUAAACAUGUCAGUCAAAUACCAAAGAUGUUUUAUGAUAAAGAAAUUUUGAUGAAAGGUAUUGUUAAAGAUGUUUCUUUAACAGGAAAAUUUAGUAUUGAACAUUUACCAUUAAUUAAAGUUUCAUUAAUCAAUACUUCAAAAGGUAUCAAACCAAUUAAUGUUAAUCUUGCUGGUAUUGAGUUAAGUAAUGAAGUUAUCAAACCAACAUUAAAUGAUAAAAAUUGUGUUGAUGGAGAGAUUAUUGUAAAAACAACACCAUUUACAAAUGUCAACUUGUCCCAAUAUCUAGUUAGAAAAGGAUUUGCAAAAAUAUUAAAACCAACAAAUGAAGAUCAUGUUAAAACACUUGAAAACAACAAAGCAUAUGCUAAGUUAAUUAAAAAUCUUUUAAUAUCUGAGAGUAUUGCUGAUAGGAGAGGUAUUGGUGUAUGGGAGAAACAAUCAUGGGUUGAAAAUGUUCAAACAAUUUCAGAAAAUACAGUAAAAUCUAUAAAAAAUUCACCAUUAACUAAAUUAGGUAGUUUGACUGGAACAAUAUUAAAAGAUGCUAGUUAUGUUAUCUUAUUUACAUUAUCAACAACAUACCAUACUAUUUUAGCUACAGCAACCUAUACAAAAGAUAGGUAUAUUAAAUUAGCAAAUAUUAUAAAAAAAAUUGCAAGUCGUUAUAACAAUUCAACAAAAAAAAUAAGUGGAAAAUAA